CCAGGGGAUUGGUCAACACUGGAUGCAGAGGUUUUGAUGAAGGAAGAUGAAAUAUGUGGAACCAAAAGUCCAACCCCACACAAAAUCCUAUUAGACACACGUUUUGAAUUGCCUUUUGAUAUCCCAGAAGAAGAAGCAAAAUAUUGGACUCAGAAACUAGAGCAGUUAAAUGCACUAAGAGACCAUGAUGAGUAUUCAAUCAGUGAAGAAAUCCAGAAGAAAUCUUUGCCGGUUGCUCCCUCACAGUGUUCAUUUGAAGAUCCUGAUAGUGCUGUUGAUGACAGAGAUAGUGAUUAUCGUAGCGAGACCAGUAACAGCAUUCCACCACCUUACCAUACCACUUCCCAACCCAAUGCAUCUGUACAUCAGUUUCCUGUUACAUCACGGCCACAGCUCCAAAAAGGUUCACGGGACUCCUAUGCUGAUUCAAUUCAAAGCUCUGAAUUAGAUUAUCAUGAGAAAAAGGGAAUGAGCCCUGCAGGAAGCAGUAGAUAUGGCUCAUCAGGAAACCUCAGCCAAGGCAGUUCUCAGCUUAGUGAAUUUGAUCAUGACAAUGAGAGCAUCCAUGGGUCUGGAAUGGAUGACCAGCGAGAUCAAGAGUCAUAUUAUUCUCAUCACAGCUCAGGAAGCCUAAGACAAGAUACCCAGGAAUGGUACAGUGAAGAUGAUGGACAACAGAAACAUUUCAGUGAAUACAAGCAAGUUGAGCACCAUCAAGAUUCUGAACAAGUUGAUGAAACUGUACGUGAAACUCCCGUCAGCAGUAUUUCCCCACAGCUCGAGAUUACAAAACUGCACGACAGCUAUGAUGAAGUUGGUACACCUCCAUUUUCUCCUGCUCGAGCACGCUGGAUUCGAGCUAUCAACAAAGUUCGGAUACAAAUCCAAGAGGUAGCGCAACUUGGAAAUGAUGGAGAUCCAUCAAAACCACCUUGGUUUAAAGGAGGAUCUGGAGGCGGAUUGUAUGGUAUUGACAGUAUGCCAGACCUGCGAAAGAAAAAACCAAUCCCACUUGUUAGCGAUCUGUCACUUGUGCAGUCAAGGAAAGCUGGCAUUACCUCUGCAAUGGCUACUCGCACCUCUCUAAAAGAUGAAGAGCUGAAAAAUCAUGUCUAUAAAAAGACCCUCCAAGCCUUAAUCUACCCUAUCUCUUGUACCACACCCCACAAUUUUGAGGUCUGGACUGCCACCACACCUACAUACUGCUAUGAAUGUGAGGGCCUACUGUGGGGAAUUGCUCGUCAGGGAAUGCGGUGCACUGAAUGUGGGGUAAAAUGCCAUGAAAAGUGCCAAGAUCUACUAAAUGCAGACUGUUUGCAACGUGCAGCUGAAAAAAGCUCCAAACAUGGUGCAGAAGAUAGAACACAAAAUAUUAUCAUGGCAAUGAAAGACAGGAUGAAAAUCCGAGAACGGAACAAACCAGAAAUCUUUGAACUGAUCAGAGAUGUCUUUGGAGUGGUAAAAGUUACACAUGCACAACAAAUGAAGACCAUCAAACAAAGUGUACUUGAUGGAACAUCUAAGUGGUCAGCAAAGAUUACUAUAACUGUGGUAUGUGCUCAGGGACUUCAAGCAAAGGAUAAAACUGGCUCCAGUGAUCCGUAUGUCACUGUUCAGGUUGGCAAAACCAAGAAGAGAACAAAGACUAUUUAUGGAAAUCUGAAUCCUGUGUGGGAAGAGAAAUUUUAUUUUGAGUGCCAUAAUUCCUCUGAUCGCAUCAAAGUAAGAGUAUGGGAUGAGGAUGAUGACAUCAAAUCACGUGUCAAACAGAGGCUAAAACGAGAAUCUGAUGAUUUCUUGGGGCAAACAAUCAUUGAGGUUCGGACACUAAGUGGUGAAAUGGAUGUCUGGUAUAAUCUGGAGAAAAGAACAGAUAAGUCUGCAGUCUCUGGUGCUAUUCGACUGCAAAUCAGUGUUGAAAUCAAAGGUGAAGAAAAGGUCGCCCCCUAUCACAUCCAGUAUACUUGUCUGCAUGAAAACCUUUUCCACUCUCUCACAGACCUUCAGAGUAGUGGUGUUGUGAAAAUACCAGAUGCAAAAGGUGAUGAUGCAUGGAAGGUUUAUUUUGAUGAGACUGCACAAGAAAUAGUAGAUGAAUUUGCAAUGCGUUAUGGAAUAGAAUCCAUUUAUCAGGCAAUGACGCAUUUUGCUUGUUUGUCUUCUAAAUACAUGUGCCCUGGAGUGCCAGCAGUAAUGAGCACCUUGUUAGCCAAUAUCAAUGCAUACUAUGCACACACCACUGCCUCUACCAAUGUAUCUGCCUCUGAUCGCUUUGCUGCAUCAAAUUUUGGGAAAGAAAGGUUUGUGAAACUACUUGACCAACUACACAAUUCACUUCGCAUUGACCUGUCCAUGUAUAGGAACAAUUUUCCAGCAAGUAGCCCUGAGCGGUUGCAAGAUUUGAAAUCCACAGUAGAUCUCCUGACCAGCAUAACCUUCUUCAGAAUGAAGGUGCAAGAAUUGCAGAGCCCACCACGAGCCAGUCAAGUGGUGAAGGACUGUGUGAAAGCUUGCCUCAAUUCAACCUAUGAAUAUAUUUUCAACAACUGCCAUGAACUGUACAGUCGAGAAUAUCAAACUGAUCCAAACAAAAAACAGGAACUGCCUCCUGAGGAGCAGGGACCAAGUAUAAAAAAUUUGGAUUUCUGGCCUAAGCUUAUCACUCUUAUCGUCUCUAUUAUUGAAGAAGAUAAGAAUUCAUAUACACCAGUUCUUAAUCAAUUUCCUCAGGAACUUAAUGUUGGAAAGAUAAGCGCAGAAGUAAUGUGGAGCCUAUUUGCACAGGACAUGAAAUAUGCCAUGGAAGAGCAUGAGAAGCACAGGCUCUGCAAAAGUGCAGAUUACAUGAACUUACACUUCAAAGUGAAAUGGCUAUAUAAUGAAUAUGUGCGAGAUCUUCCAGCAAUGAAAGAGACUGUACCUGAAUAUCCAGCGUGGUUUGAACAAUUUGUAAUGCAGUGGUUGGAUGAGAAUGAGGAAGUUUCAUUAGAAUUCCUACAUGGAGCUCUUGAGAGAGAUAAAAAGGAUGGGUUCCAGCAAACAUCUGAGCACGCUUUAUUCUCCUGCUCGGUGGUGGAUGUGUUCACCCAAUUAAAUCAGAGUUUUGAGAUUAUCAAGAAACUCGAGUGUCCUGAUCCAGAGAUUGUUGCUCAUUACAUGAGGCGAUUUGCAAAGACAAUAAGCAAAGUACUGCUACAGUAUGCCGACAUUCUUCUGAAGAACUUUAAGACCUACUGUUCCAAAGACACACUACUGGAUUCUGAGGCAAGUGACAGUUUAAAAGAUCUACAAGUGAAACUGAACAAUGUUCUUGAUGAUCUUAGCGAUGUUUUUGGUGUUAGUUUCCAGCCUCGCCUUGAUGAAUGUGUAAAACAGAUGGGAGAUAUCCUCAGCCAGGUCAAAGGGACUGGGAAUGUACCUGCAACUGCUCGCAAUAGUGUGGCUCAGGAUGCCGAUAAUGUGCUCGGGCCAUUGAUGGACUUCUUAGAUGGCAAUCUGACAUUGUUUGCAAAAGUCUGUGAAAAGACAGUGCUGAAACGAGUUCUCAAGGAACUGUGGAAAAUUGUGGUGAACACAAUAGAAAGGACUAUUGUGCUGCCUCCUCUAACUGAUCAGUCGGGAACUCAGCUGAUUUUCACUGCUGCUAAAGAACUGGGGCAGUUAUCAAAACUGAAGGAUCACAUGGUUCGGGAAGAAGCCAAAAGCCUUACACCAAAACAAUGUGCUAUUAUGGAUUUGGCACUCGACACAAUUAAGCAAUACUUCCAUGCUGGUGGAAAUGGUCUGAAAAAAACUUUCCUGGAGAAGAGUCCAGACCUUCAAUCCUUGCGAUACGCACUCUCACUCUACACUCAAACCACAGAUACCCUCAUCAAAACAUUCAUCCAGUCUCAGACUGCUCAGGGCUCUGGUGUGGAUGACCCAGUGGGUGAAGUCUCCAUACAAAUAGAUCUUUUCACCCAUCCAGGAACAGGCGAGCAUAAAGUAACAGUGAAAGUGGUAGCAGCUAAUGAUCUAAAAUGGCAGACAAAUGGUAUGUUUCGGCCAUUUGUUGAGGUCACGAUGAUUGGACCACACCUUAGUGACAAGAAAAGGAAGUUUACCACAAAAUCAAAGAGCAACAACUGGGCUCCAAAAUACAAUGAGACAUUUCACUUUAUAUUGGGUAAUGAGGAUGGUCCAGACUCAUAUGAACUUCAAGUCUGUGUGAAGGAUUAUUGCUUUGCCAGAGAAGAUCGUAUAAUUGGGAUUGCUUUAAUCCAGCUACGAGAUAUUGCAGAAAAAGGCAGUUGUGCUUGCUGGUGUCCACUAGGCCGCAGAAUGCAUAUGGAUGAGACAGGACUAACAGUUCUUCGUAUACUAUCACAAAGAACCAAUGAUGAAGUAGCAAAAGAAUUUGUCAAACUGAAAUCUGAAUCGCGAUCUGCUGAAGAAAGCAGUUGAAUCUUGGAUUAUGCGAAUAUUGUUUCUUUAUUUCAAUGCCGUUGGCCACUGCAUUUUCUUUGGUUUCUAAUUUAUACCUCGUGCCAAUAUGUGCAAGUGUUCAACAAAUUCUCUUUUGUAAAUGGAACUUUGUGCACUACUUUGUCUUUGUUAAUAAGCAUGUGUUGUAUACCAAUCAAAGUAUAGAUCUUUAUGUGAACUUUAUUUAUUUACAGUAAGCAGAAUAUAAAUUGUGAUUAGAAUAAAAAGUUAUUGCUUUUAAAAAAUAGGAUGCUUAUAUUUAUGUAAAUAAUUUUAUGAACUGACUGGAGACUGAAAGUCCCAAAGUAUUUUUUCACUUUUAUUGAGCACUGUGAUACCACCCUUCAGAGUGAGAUGUAAAACUGAGAAAUAGAAAAAAACAAACCUAUAGUAUAUCCUAGUUUUCAUGUACCUCCGAUCGGAUUGCCAAGGAUUUCUUUACACUGUAGAUGAAAUCAUGCAUUUCACUUAUAGGAGUACAGAUACUAAAACAGUUAAGUCUUUUCUGUGAAAAUACAGUGCUAUGUACAACAAGGUUCCUGUACAAGAAUGGUUUAUGCUUAGAAUCUUUUAGCCAAACUGUCAAGCUUGAAACUUGUAAUAGUUAAUUAAUGUUUAAUGAAACAAAUCAGUAUAGUUUUAGUAUGAAAAUUGUGUUUUUGAUUUUUUUAAGCAAGUGUCACUUUGUUAUAACAUGCAAUAGAUUUUAGAAAUUAAAAAAACAAAUUAAUCCCGCAAUAAGUGAAUAAGGGUGUGGAAGAAAGGUUGACCAAAUGUUUAUUUCAUGAUUUUUUUAUUAGAUUUCUGAUAAACUGUGAAAGUUAUCCUGAAUUUGCUACCAAUUUUGUUUCUGUAGUUUCUUAGCUAUCUGAACAUAUGAUCCUUAGAAACUAAAUAUUUUGAAAAUUAUUACAAAUGACUUUGUGCAGUGGUGAUAUUUGUGUACACAUUUCUAAUAACAUUUUAAGUGAUGCCUGUAAAAAAAAAUCUCCUUUACACUUCAUACUCAUGUCUUUAGUAUUGUUGGGGAAAUCAUUAUUUAUCUCUAGGCAAUGAAUUUUUCAUAGUUCAUCCAAUCAUCUACUGUUAACUUUGGUGAAGUAUCCAUAGAAAUCCUGGAAAAUACUGUAAAUGGCAUUUAUACUGUUUCUUUGGGGUUUGAGAGAUUACUUCAUUAAAGUUACAGCGAGUAUUUGAGGGAACUCCUACAGAAAUUCUACAUUCUAAUAUUUUGGCUCUGCAACCUGUGCACUUAUCACUUGGUAAACCAUUUGUGUCAUUCUUAUAUAUCCGUGUAACAUGCCAUUUCUACAAGGUAUCAUACUAUAAUAAA